CCCAGCAAUCUGAUGCUGUACAUUACACGAGCGACUGGAUGUUGCUUCAGUCACAAACUCUCGGACCUUUUACUAUAGAUCAUGGUUUAGGGGAGUACCCUGCUAAAGUAGACGUCCAAAUUAAUGUAACAAAGAAUGGAAAUCAAUUCAUUUUUUCUGGGAUUGGCACGACUCAAAGAGAUGACGAUCGAGAUAAAAUGUAUGGUGGGGUGGUAUACACGUACAAUGACAAACACGUGAAGCUGUAUGUUCCCAAGUCCACGGAUACGGCAUCGUAUACUGACAAAGGACGGUUAGUUUUCACAGGGGCAUCUGUCUUCACGGGACCAUUCCAGGCAAACUUUCACACUGCUUACGUCCGCAUUCGUGCAUGGAGAGUUUGUGAUUUUCCUCCGGCUAAUUUCACAUCCAAUGGAAUCCAUCAGUUAAACAGUAAUGUGGCUGCAUCAAGUUUCGUGGAGAUUCCGCAUUCUUUAGGAGAUUGGCCGCAUUUUGUUGUCGUGCAGUUUAUGACAUCUGAUGGAUAUAUGUUUGAGGCAGAAGGGUCUGUUUUUGUCGACAAAAUCACGUACUAUGGUGGUAGUACAAUGGUGUCAAGACUGUGUGGGGCAGUAUACGGAGUCAACAACCAGAACUUCAGACUCUGGGUCCCCUACAACACUAACGGUUUUGCCGUCAGCGUUUUUUGUGUUGUGGACGGAUGGGGAAAGAAGUCGCUCACAUUUAAUUCAGGGACUGCUUACAUAAAGGCCUGGAUCCUAGAUGCGUCUCAUGUACUUUAUAAGCAAACACAGGUGCUUGGGAAAGGUAUUAAUACCGCCGGUAUCGUGCAACUGGGUCAAGACUUUACCAUAGACAAAUAUAUUACUAAUGUCCAGGUGAAAUCAAGAUCGAGCAACGGUUAUAUGUUUCCUGCCACUGGAAGUGUUAUGUCUGAUGGGUCUUUUGGGGACUUUGGUGGUGUUUUGUACGGCUAUAAGAAGAACAGAGUUUUGCUAUGGAGACCAGCGGAUACUAGGAUAGAUGGUCACAUGAUUUACGUAGGAGGAUUGUGGGGAAACGGCGUCAAAUCAAUACAGCAGGACACUGCUGACGUCAUAAUAUCAAUAUUGUACUUCGCUUCAUCUGAAUCCUGUGGAAGCACGUGUCUUGUCAAUCAAUCCAAUAGCAACUGUGACUGCACGUCCGGUAUAGAACGUGGUCCCGUGACCUUACAAUCUACUCCAUUACAUUUAUCUGUUGUGCCAGGAUCGUCGAUUCCUCCUGUGUCGUGCAAUGAUUCAAUGUAUACAACUUUAUUUAGUGUUAAAACUCCCCAGUUCCAUUUCUACGACCUUCAAUUUAAAGUCAAUGUCACAAACACAUAUAGAGAGAAAGCAUCUGCACUUCAGAUUAAAAAUUUAUCAAUACUAUCAAUGGGCAAAAAUAUCAAAUGUGUAAACAUGACAUCCACAAUUCAAAGUACUCCAAACUCUUGGACAGCGCAUUUGCACGUGUGGAAUUUUGGUACACCAUACAAGCAGACAACCUCAUCUGCUGAUGACGAGAUGGUUCUGCAGGUAGAUUUUUUGCCAGAUAAAUCUACUAUACACUUGAAGGACACUUUUUCGAUCUGGAGUGAAAUUGAUUGCAUAUACAAUGGAUUAUUGAGUUCAUCAUACCAGACUUCAACAACAGUUUAUUUAGGGAGUGAAAUAAAUGAGACAUUGCAUACUAAUUAUUCGUUUGCCAUAGAGAAUGGUUGUAUGGAUGAUUGCAUUGGUCAAGGCGACAGCAUUGAGUUCCUUGUCAAAAUUUCUGCAGAACGAGACAAAUGCCACGCUCCGUUUGAAUUACACUUUCCAUUUCUUUCUAAUAGUUCAGCUAAGCCUCAGAUGGCUAUCUGUGACUAUAAGGUAAUAAAAAUCGGACGUAAUUUCCCAUGCUUAGCUGAAGAUGACAUCCAUCCAAUUGAGACAAUGUACGUUAUUUCACGAGAUUUCUUUUAUACAGUCUUUGCACCUUUUCCCACUUCCAUGUAUUUUAGAUUACUAGUCAAUUGCAAAAGUAAAAUAAUAUGCCGAAUGCGAAUCUCUUUAAAGUUUUAUACAUUAUACCAUCAACAAGUAAAUGUUGGUCUUUAUCUCAGAUUAGACGAUGGAAGAAUUGAUACUGUCAGGAUGCAGUUUCCUCGGCUGUGUAAUUUCAAGCUGUUUGAUGACCUGUCGGACGAUACAAUUGUAAUUCAAAUUCGUGUAAUGCUACGAGACCAAGACGUCUUUGAGUAUGCAUCGCCGGAGGCAGUCUAUUGUGUGGAUGCAGUUAUCGAUUACAAUCAUACACACACCUGUUACGGACUUCAAAUUCGUCAGAGGGCAACACUUCCAUUCCUCUCUGUUGUGGAAGGAAUCGUCAUACCUUUCGGUCGGACGUUUAUCACGGCAAAUCGCAGCCUUCUACGCAGUGUAGAUGGGUCCACUCACACUCAACUUCCUGUCAGUCUUUCCUUACACUCAAUAAAUUCUACAACUGAGAUAUACGAUUUUUCACCACCAGUGUUAGCAACCACUGUAAUUCUCACACGGUCUUAUCAAUGCUUGGCUGGAUGUUGUAUUCAAAGCCAAUUCAGAAGCAAAAAUAUCUCAGAUUACUUUCAAGUUUAUAAUGACCCAACAGAUGUCAUAUUGAAAGAUAUAAAAGUUCUUCUGGAUGAACACAAUGAUUCUUGUAUGUCUCUACCUAAAUAUGGAGACACUCCUCCCGUUUUCUGGAUAAAAAUGAAUUUAACCAUAUUGUUGGGAACUCUGAAGCCUUCUUUUACCUUGACACUACAUGGUGAACGUCUCCUCUGCAAUCGGCAUGGAGGGAAAUCGUCCCUGCAGGUAUCCAUCCCAUCACCUAAUGUGUCGGGCGGCGCUGGAGGUAGACUGAAGUAUUGUGAUUUAGAGAGGUCACGUGAGUUACCAAAUGGUACCAUCAGUUCCUGUCAAUUCCAGUGUUCUUGUAACAACGUGGUGGAAUGUACCGAAGCUUUCAUCUUUAUUUCCAUAAAGUCUGACGAUAAUUGGUCUUUGUGUGAGAUAGCUGCCUCCUAGUCCAGUAGCUACUGAGACUUUCCAAACUUUCGACCCGGGAAUCUUAUGGCUACCAUUCUGUUACACCUUGUAUAUUGUAAACCUUGGAUAUCGAAGUCUUCUGUGAUCCGAUAGAAUCAAAAAACUGUAUUUUAUGCCCUGAUCUUGAAAGAACAUUAUCGACUGGUUAAUAUUUGCCCUACUCUAUUCCCGAGAUGGGAUUAGAUAAAACCAGUGGUCAGUAAUGUUGCCACUCAUUUCUCUUGACAUGCAUUGUCCGCUUCAUUUAACUCAGUUGAGCGAAGUGACCUUGAGAUUUUCAUACGAUUUUACUCACUUUUGUUUGGAUAUGACAGGCUAUAGAAAACCACACGAUGUAUCCCCAAUAGACACUGUAUGCAAUGCCGAGCGUGGUAAAUAGGUAACAAAACUCAUUUUAAAUCACGAAAGGUUACCAUAAAGAGAUGUAUUUAAAACUAACCUUGGUAAAUGUGAUAAACUUGAAUAUUGCCAAUUAAUACAAGAAUAGUAACGUAUUUUUAAUUUACAAUUUAGGGAUAGUCUAAUUUGCAAUUUAAAUUAGACUAAGCUUUGCAGUUGACUUUAAUAGAUAUUUUCUAACUGUGUCGUCUACUGUCUAAUGAUUCGAUAGAGGUAAAUUGACGUGAAAGUACAGGUUGAUGGAAGGAUAACUCAAUGUAGGGUUAUUCUUGUCAAAUUGAACCCAUAUGUGCAUUCGUCUUGGUUAUUAUUGAGUUAACUUGGCCUCCGCCCUAUCAUGUUAUUUGGAUUUUACAACAACUGUAACACUCGUGCAAUGAGCACGUGACUGAAUUAAAUGGUUAGCUACG